AUGAGAAAUAAUGCAGAUGAUCUCAAGGGGAGGGGUGGGGGUGGGGUGGGGGGGGUGUGGGUGGGUGUGUGGGGGGGGGGGGGGGAGGGGGGGGGGGGGGGGGGGGUGGGGGGGGGGGGGGGAUGGGUGGGGGGGGGGGGGGGGUGUGUUGGGGGGUGUUUUGAUAUUUGUUAUUUUUGUUUUGGGGGGUGUAGAGAAUUGAAAUGCCUAUUUAUUUUGGUUGUGUUAAAGAUGAACAAUGACACAGCAGAAUGCACCGCUAAAGAUGUGUCCUCCGUUGCUUAG